AAAACCUCGACCAAUGUGACAUUCCAUCGUGUCGUGACUGCAGAUGCUUCGCGAAGGUCAGAUUCCCCCAUGAAAUAAUGAAAUAUAUUCGCCAUCGGUGCUCGAGAGGGCGAAGGAGAUUCAGAGCAUUCCGAACGAAGUGGAGGGGACGUGCUGAGCCUCGGAGUCCCGGCCAUGAUUAGAGAUUCAAGUUAUACUGAGCUGCGGUAGAAGGAACAAUUCUGUGCUUUGAGCCACUGAUAUAGAUUUGUUAAACAAGAGCUUAGGGCAGGAACUGUGGAAGAAAGGAAAAUGAAUGCGCAUAAAUUUGAAAAGAUACGAUUGCAAUAUCCACCGAAAGAAGAACAACUCGAGGACCGUAAGAGAGGCGUGUCCCAAGGCACAUCAACACAACGAAGACCUACACGAAGACCAUGAACAUACUCUGGCUAUCGUUGGGCUACAGUAUAACAUAGAAGAUUCUAGCAGUGGUGUUGAGAGUGACUCAAUGCUCUGAUGAAUCCCUUGUGUUAAUAGGCUUCUUACCAUGGAAUAAAAGCUUUAUGUACACACGAGAUUGAUAAUUAUUGAUGA